AACUAGUGAGAGAGUUCAUAGCAACGGCCGAUGGCGGAGCGUUAGCAGCUAGCUAGCGAACGUCUGCUCGGCUCCACUGCUGCGUCACGCGAUGGAGGCCAGGACGGUGGUGGUGUCCGGGGUGCCCGACGCGCUGCCCGCGGGCCGGAUGGUCGACAAGCUGACGAUCCACUUCCAGAGCUGCAGGAGGAGCCGCGGAGGAGACGUGGAGGAGGUCCGCUACCCCACCGACAUGGACGGCGUCGCUUUUGUCACUUUCGACGAAGCUAAAGAUGCAGAGAGGGUGGCGGGGAAGAAGCGGCACACCAUGACGGACGCCGAGUUCCCCUGCGACUACCGCCUCACCGUCUUCCCCUUCACGAGAGACGUGUUUAUGUACGUCCCCAGCGCCACGCUCGACCUCUCCGCGUUCGCCGGAGAUCCGUCGACGCUGAUUCAGAGUCUGCGGUCGGCUCACAGGUCGCUGCGUUUCCAGUUUGCCCCCCAGCACGUGAACGCCACCGUCGAGGGGCCCUUCUCCGCCGUCCGGGCCCUGAGGCAGGACCUCAUCCGCAGGGCCGGCCGGCUUAACUCCGCCGAACUGAGAGAGACCCCCGUUAAUCCGAGGGUGAUAUCUCACCGAGAGGUCGGCGGCUCCGUGAGCUGCAGCGUUUCUACGGCUAAGCCGGGACCGGGGAGCUCGCCCCGCUUAUCGCCGCAGAGCGAGGCGACCGAAGUCCAAAGUCCGCUCUCGAACGGGAAAGCUGGAAGCGAAAAGGUUUCUCAGGAGAGCUCGGGAGAAGAGCCGAGGGAGCGGCCCGGGCUGGGAAUACCCGGAGGAUAUAGCACAGAGCUGUUGAGGGCCGACUCCAUACAGGUGCCGGAUGCAGGCGUUCUAGCUUCCUUAUCGGCCCUGGACCUGCACCGGGCAGAGGACGGCGCUCCAGACGAACGCACCGGACCCGACAGGAGGUCGGCACCCGAGAUCAGGGCAGAGAAUCCGACGAGCUCCUCCGACUAUCUGGUGGAUCCGGAUCGGAGCGGCCCGGCCUCCACCGCCCGGCCCCCGCGGGCCGCAGAAGUCUCGACGUCUUUCAAGAGCGACGCGGACGGCGCAGAAGGGCCGGCGGCGGAGACGCACGGUGAAGAGGACGCGUGCGUCUGGGUCGACUCGUACACCUUCAGGUACGUCGAGAAGUUCGACGCGGAGGAGUUGGACCGAUGCCUGAGGGGCCUCGAGGCGCGCGUCGUCGAGGGCGACGGCCUCGCGCGGAUAGAGCUCACCGAGAGGCCGACCUCCAAGACGGCCUCGCGGGUCCGGCUGGCGUCCGAGAACCUCACGGCCUUGGUGGAGUUUUGGUCGAGGUUGUUAAGAGUUCAUCGGAUCGACCUGGACGAAGACGCGCCGCCCGGGAGACGGACGCUGAUUCAGAUCUGCGACGACGCGAGCGCGCUGUACCCGGACGUCCUGUACCUGUUGGAGGAGUCGUGCGUCAAGGUCAUCGGCCCCUCCAUCACAGGGCACCUGUUCUGUAGGCGGGUGGAGGAAAGAGUCGCUCGGCCUCAGAGUGUGAAGGAUGGGGGCGUACAGAUAUGAAUGUGGUACCGUCAACGGCCACAGGGCGGUGCUGUUGCGCUGCGUGUCACAAACAAACAGUCUGAAAUGAAAGCUUUUGAUUAUUGUUUCACUCACAAUCUAUUUUUAUUUCUUUUGAAAAGAAUAAUAUUUAAUUAAUGACAUAUGUGCGUGAAUUACUCAGACAACUCGGUUUGUUUUUGGUUCAAUAAUUAGGUCUUUAAACGUUUGUUUUCACAGCAGAAGGGACGAGUCCAAAUUCACCUCAUCUUAAUCACAAAAGGUCAUUAAAAGCAAAACUCUCAGUAAUCACAUCUCCCGCCGAUGUUAUUCAAUCAUUCGUUAGCGAUAAAGUAUUUUCUUUUAAUUUUGUGUUUUUAAUUUGUUUGUGUACAAGAAGAAGAAAAGUUGAGAAAUUGCUUUCAAAAGUUUCUGUGAUUUAUGCAUUUCAUUAAAUGCAGAGGAAAAACUGAUAAAUGUAAAUUCCUU